CAACCCAACGGGAAUUUCACUGUACCUACCAACCUCGAAACGAGACGAGAAUCUCAUUCAGUUGAUCAGUAUUAAGCAAAUCUAAUCUAAUCGAAUUCAACCCAAGUGAGAAUUAGAAUCAGAAGUCGCGAAGGCAACAAUAUUCAGGUGGGAGCGGAAUGGGGAGGCUGUAUAUUGAGACACUGAGCGGACCCAAGAUCUUUAAGUGCAGGUGUUGCAAGGUGGAUUCCGCUUCCCACGACAACAUCGUUUCUAAGAACUUCCAGGGCCGCUAUGGCAAAGCUUACCUCUUCCGGACUGUGGUUAACAUAUCUCUGGGGCCACCUGAAGAGAGAUACCUUAUGAGCGGAUUGCAUACUGUGAAUGACAUUUAUUGUAGCUCUUGCCAGCAGAUCCUGGGUUGGCGAUAUGAGAAAGCUUAUGAAGAGAGCCAAAAGUAUAAAGAAGGACUCUACAUCCUCGAAAAAGAACGGUUGUUGAAGGAGGGCUGGUGAUGCUUUGGAUAGGUAAUACAUCGAAGAAGCAUAAAAUAUUGGCAUCCAUUUCAGCACCAGGCAUGUAUUUAGAGUAUAUAACAUGUAAACAAUAGCGAAAGUGUUGCAACGACUUCGCCUUCGCCGGGAUUUUAGAACACCAAAUUUCUCAACAAAAUUUAUGAACUUUUCCAUAUCACACCUAUGUUUUCUGGGUGAAGUUACCCUCUAUGGAGCUAUAGUAAUGGAGUUAAUAUUUUUGCUUGGCAAUGUUGAGAUA